AUGAAAUCAUUCUACAACCCUCCUGGAUAUAAUCCAAAACUUGUACCGUUGGAAUGUGUAUCCUAUGCCACCUACGGCAACACACAACCAUCAACCAUUUCCAUUCCCGUACCAAAACCAAAACCAGCAUCUGCAGCACAACAGAUGAUUCACUGCCAGAAUCAUCCGGCGCCUUAUCACAGUACUGGGGCAUAUCCAAUUCAACAGGUUGUGGCACCACUGAUCACCCGUGUUGCACACUCCGAUCAUCCGCAAACAAGAAGAAGUUGUAAAGGACGACUGCCGGAGAUCAGCAUGGUGGAGCUCCAACCAGUGAAAAAACGACAAGCGGUGCACAACUGGCAACCUACCGGACACAUUGUCAUUGGUCCAGAGGAGCUCUUUUGCAAAGUGUGGUUUCAGAAAAACACUGGUGGUGGCAAAAUAAGACGUGAUGCAAAAGAAAAGAUAGGCAAAAUGCCAUCAAUGGGAAUUUCGAAAAAAGUUGGUGCCACUUGGGGAAAGCAGAUACAGGAAGGAAGUGACAUCGGAAUACCUGAUCACACCUGUGAGAGGCGUAACUGCAGCGACGAAGCAUUUCCGGAAGUUGCAACAAACAAGGCUCCACAAUCCACCAUCUUUUGCAGACGUGAAUAUCAAAAUUCUGAUCAAAUAGAAGUUGAAUGUGGCAAGGCAUUUCAUCUGACUGGUGUGGAUGCGGACACAGCAAGAACUUUGGAAACUGCAGCUCCCCAAUGUGUUUUAUACUUCAACAUGAUAAGAGACGAGGCCACAAGGAAUGGCUAUUGGAAUCGAAUAAAAAAUGGCAAAUACACCCAACAAAUAUGGUCUGCAUCCGGAAAUCGAUUUGAACUUUCACCACAUGGCUCCUGGUGGUGGCUUGCACAAAACAUAGGUAUGUGCCAAGAUGUGGUCAUGAUCAAUAGAAGCAUUAUCUACGUUGGACCCCACACGGAAUCAAUACAACAAUGGCACACUGACCUGCGGGAGACGGGCGAUAUUGUGGUGCUAGUUGCAUUGACACAUCACAAUGGUGUGGGCGGGACUGGGUUUCUGACUGACGCACGUUCAUGCAAGGAAGUGGUCAAGGCAGAGCAAGCUGGGACACCCUGCGUUGAUUUUGAGGAUUCAAACAUAUACACAGCAACCUACCAAAAUAUCGGAGACACGGCUGUCUUUAGCUGGGAAACCUUUCACCGAGGAAUGGGAAACAAUCAUGAGAGUGAACCAAGGCUACUCCUGGCAUUGAACUAUGGAAUGCAGAUGGCAGACGGUACUUUUCAUAAGAGUUUAGGUGAAAGGGACUGUAGCCUCAACAAGACAGCCUUGGAUAUGGGUGACUGCAAAGCUGCACUGAUUUCUAUUUACAGUACCAAUGCAAAAUAUUUGGAGGGGCAGGAAAACCAAAACAGCAAUAUACAUGGUACUAUCCCCUGUGGAAGAGGGAAGGGUUUGAGUGGUGUCAAUGAUGGUGUGAGCUUUGUUGUUCUUCCAUACAAGUUCCUGGUGGAUCACAUGGUUCAAGUUGGAGAGUGGAUGGGUAUUGAAACUGUGGCUGUUCAGUGUUCUGAUGUAGCAAAGGGAGCCACCCCAAGUCCAUUGGUAGAGAACAUUCCUGCCAUUGUAUUUCUUACUGUCGACUCUUUUGCAAAGAUGAAGAGUGACAAUGAAGGCAAGCUAGAGCAAUGA